GACGAGCCCCUGUGGCCUGACAGGUAUUAAAGAAAGUGAAAGAAGAUUUUGUGGAAUGUUUCGCUUUCGGUUUAAUACCUUAUUCCAGCGAUGGCAAGUCGUUACAUAGGGUACGCAUUGAUUGUAAAUGUGAAAUAUUUUGAAGAUCCGGAGGAUAAUCGAGAAGACACCGUAUCAGACCAAGUGAACGUAAAAGCGGCAUUUGAAAAACUGGGUUUCGAUACCAAACUGGUAACGGAAUCAACGGACACAGAGAGACAAGGCGGAGUAUCAGACCCCAAUACCACAGACUCGGCCGAGGUUAAUGUCACCAUAGAUUACUUUAAACGGGAGUUUGAGGAAGCUCGAAAACAUGUGAAAGAACAAGGUUAUAAUCAUUUUGCUGUGUUUAUUUCUACUCAUGGAGAGGAAGUUCGAGAGAAGGACCAUUACAUUCACAAGCUGUGUUUCUACGAUGGAGAUGAAUCCACAGAAGAAAUACUGUUCAAACCACUAGAUAAGCAGCUUAGAAAAGUGAAGAAACUUGUAAUUAUUCAGGCCUGCAGGGGUCGUAAUGAUGAGCCUGAUGGUGAAGAUGAGGACCUAGGUGUUCCUAUUUGUAUUGUUGAGGACCCGGCUGAGGAAUAUCAAUCUAGUGAGGGCAGUUCUCCACCAAUGACAGAAGCUGAAACUGUUCAUUGUGUUCCACUGUGUAUUCCAAAUUGCAUCACAAUGUUUGCGUCCCCUUCUGGAAAGGCAGCAUAUCAAGGACAUCUGUCCGACCUCUUGUUGAAGACUGUAAAAAACCUAAAAUGUGGAGAAGAUGUGAAAGUCUUGGAAUUGUUGCGGGAAAUUAACAGGCAGUUUGCAGAAAGGGAUAUUGACUGGGGCACUUAUGAUAACGAAAAUGAAAUAUACCUUAGUGUGCUGAAGCUGGGGUUAGCGGGCACCUUCAUCAACUAUCACCUGAAGGAGGAGCCAUUGGUCCACUCGCUCACUGCCAGCCGCUCCAGACACCUCAUCGUGGGUAGAGGCGCCGAACUUGUGGACACCAUUCUGGGUGUUUAUGACAAACUCCCAGAAGACUUCACAGUGUUUGUUUCUGGAACGACGAGAAAAUCUCUUCCGGAUCGAAUACUGUCUUUUGACUUUCUGAUGACACGGUCACUUCCUGUACCCGUAUGUAAAGUAGCACGUGAGAAGGUGACCUUGCUGAGUCCGCUUUGUUACAUCUAUACAUCCGGAACGACAGGUUUACCUAAACCAGCAAUAAUAAGCCAAGGCAAAGGGAUCAGACAAACACACGGCUACCGCGCAAUCGACUUCAGUCACCGGGAUGUGACGUAUGUCGUGACGCCAUUGUAUCACAGCGCCGCCACAUGUGUCGGUGUUUUCAACACAAUAGGAGAGGGUGCUACCAUCGUGUUGCGCCGGAAGUUUUCAGCGAGUCACUACUGGGAGGACGUCCGGAAGUACAAAGUGACCGUCAUUCAGUACAUAGGGGAACUCUGUCGCUACUUACUGCGUGUACCGAAGCAUCCGCUAGAUGGCGUCCAUUCUAUAAGAGCGGCCUUUGGUAACGGACUUCGGAGUGACAUAUGGGACGAGUUCAAGACGAGAUUUAGAAUCCCCCAGAUCUACGAGUUUUUCGGAGCCACGGAAGGAACAGCGCUCUUAAUGAACUGCUGCAACAAAGUCGGCGCCAUUGGCCGAUGGUCCCCCAUCAUCAGGUGGGUAAAUGGGGGAAAGAGUGGAUUCCAUAUUGUGAAGUUUGAUCCGGUGACGGAACAACCAAUCCGGGACAAAGAAGGAAAGUGCAUUCCGAUACAGCCAGGUGAAAGCGGUCUGCUUUUGGCCGUGAAACCACCAAACACCGUGACAUUCUACUUGGGACCAAAGGCGAUGAACGAGAAGAAGCUAAUGAAAAAUGUCCUUCAACUGGGCGACGAAUUUUUCAACUUCGGCGACUUGGUGUAUCUUGAUCACGACUAUUACGUUUAUUUCCGGGACAGAAUUGGGGACACCUUCAGAUGGAAAGGCGAAAAUGUAUCAACAACAGAGGUAGCCAAUGUGAUGACGCAACUUAAUUUUAUUCAUGACGUCAAUGUUUAUGGGGUAUCUAUAUCUGGGAGUGAUGGUAGGGCAGGGAUGGCCGCCGUACAGUUAGAGGAGGGCUAUGAAUUGACGAGCAGUAUUCUAUCAGAGCUGUACAGUCACGUGGUCGGGCACCUGCCGCACUACGCCCGGCCUGUGUUUAUCCGAGUGGUCCAGGAGUUCAACACCACCCAGACUAUGAAACACCAGAAGUUGAGGCUGGUGGAGGAAGGGUUUGAUGUGGAGGCUGUCAGGGACCCGCUCUUUGUUAUCAACAACCAAUCAAAGACAUAUGAGGCUCUCACGGCUUCAAAUAUCGGCACCAUACUUACUGCAAGACUCUAGGCCUUAAAAAUCACUCAUCAAAAUUUUAUGUCAUAUAAUUCUUAAUGUAGGACAUUGUACAUGUAUAUAGUUGGCAUGUUAAUAUUGAAAAUAACUAAACAUUUUACAUGUAUAUAGUUGGCAUGUUAAUAUUGAAAAUAACUAAACAUUAUAAAACAUAAUUUACCAAUACACGUGAUCAAAAAGCA